AUGGGCAACCUCAUCUGGCACGAAUACUCCCGCCUGGUGGCCGUUACCUCCAGCGUUUAUGCCGUAUGGAGUGGAUUCUUUGGUCUAUUCUACCGUAAAUUCUUCUGGGACUUUGUUGGCGGAACCUUGCGUGAUCCUGGAGGUCUUCAAGCCCCACCUAGUGCGGCGUUGUUCAUCACCCUGAUCAUCAAAGUUCCUGUCAUUCCGAUCUUUGCGAUGUUGUUGGGCAUAAUCAUUCUUUGCAUCGAAUUGCCUCUCCCUGCGAUAAAGUCGAUGUCGCUCUAUCGCAGUCUUGCGAUCCGGCCUGUGUUGCUCUUAUUCCAGUUUUUCUUAUGUAUACUCUAUUAUCAGGGCACCAACGCGGCCAUAUGGUCUUUAAUAGCGGCCGGAUGUUAUACGAGAGCAAUUAUGUUGGGUGAAACGAUGAAAGAAGCCAAAGAGAAUCGCGGACGACGAGAAUCUCUCGAGAUAGAACAUUAUGAUAUACUGUCCAAAUUACAGUCAAGCUUCGACAACGCGCUCAAGACGGGUGACCUCCUGUUCUUUCCAUCGACUGUAGAAAGGCAUACCGAGGCGGAUGUCGAGUAUCAAAUCCGACUUUGCCCUGCGUUGCAGAACAAGCCUGCGCUCCCGACCCCCCACUUUGACCAGAAAGAGAAAGUCAAGUUUGAUCCAUUUGCACCGCCGUACAAUGCGAAUCUGCUUGUUGGCGAGCUGACGGAUGAAGAGUCGAAAGAAGAGUUCAUUAUCCUUUUGAACAAAUAUGCUGUCAUCCCCCGCCACUUUUUGCUAGUGACCAAAGAAUUCAAAUCUCAGUCGUCUCCACUGAUGCCUCCCGAGCUCGUCCAAUCGUACCUGCUUCUCGUCGCCGCCCAGAAGCAAGGGCACAAAUUCUUUGGAUUCUACAAUUGCAAGUCUCCGAUCGGCGAAUGCUUGACGCUCCUUCCACUCAGAUAUCUAUCCAUUCAGGUGGCGAUAACAGCGGAGCCAGUCAACAGCGGCGAAGACGGACCCCCAAUCGAACUACUCGCAAGACGCACCCGGCUUGAGCAUCAAGACAGGCCGUUUUCGCUCACGCAACUGCCGUAUGCAAGCCACACGUACCGGUUCCCAAGCCACCUACCUACAUACGCGCCCGAGCACCUCGAAUCGCUCCUCGCAGACGCCUUCCUGCAGCUUCUCGACCUCACCAUCUCGACCAUCCGACACGACCCAGACUAUCCCACCGGCAGCCCGUCCUACAACGUCAUCCUCACUCUAGAGCACCUCCACCUCAUCCCCCGCAAGCUGGAAAACUACGUCCUGGCAGAAUCGGGCGACAAGCUGAGCGUCAAUGCGCUUGGGUACGCUGGGAUGCUGCUUGUGAAGAGCGCGGAGGAGUUUGAGGUUGUCAAGCGCGAAACGGUCGGCAAGAUUUUGCGGGGCGUGGGCCUUGCGAGUGUGCAUGAGCUCCAGGUGGAGGGUACAGCACAGGAAGCGCCGCUUGCUGGAUUGUAG